AUGAACUUGAGGAGCAGAUGCCUAACAAACCUAGUUCCACCAGUUGAAGACAUUAAAGCACUUGAGAGGCAGAUCGCAAGGAGAAGAAGAGAAGAAGAGCAACAGGCUCACCUAGACAGAUUGGGAUUUGUGAUGGAACAACAUCAUAAUCAGCCUCAAGAAGGAGAGGCCAUUGGCCAAGGAGCUGCAAACCUUCGGCCACAACACCCACAGAGACAAACUAGAGCCAUUGGCACCUAUGAUCAGCCUAAUAUCCAUGGGAACAGGAUGGGCAUUAGAGCACCAGCUGUAGAGAACAACAACUUUGAGAUCAAAUCUGGUUUGAUCAACAUGAUAGAGAACAACAAAUUUCAUGGUCUUGCUUUGGAAGAUCCACUUGAUCAUUUGGACAGAUUUGACAAAUACUGUGGUUUGUCCAAAACCAAUGGUGUUUCGGAAGAUGCUUUCAAGCUGAGACUGUUUCCAUUUUUCUUGGGAGACAAAGCCCACACAUGGGAGAAGAACAUUUCAAGUGACUCUAUCACCACUUGGGAUGAAUGUAAGAAAGCUUUCCUCACCAAGUUCUUCUCUACUUCAAGGACUGCCAAGCUAAGGAAUGAAAUAUCUGGAUUUCAACAAAAGAAUCUUGAAAGCUUUGGGGAAGCAUAUGAGAGGUUCAGAAGCUACUUAAACAGAUGUCCACACCAUGGCUUCACCAAAGAGAGCCUGCUUAGUACUUUCUACAGAGGUGUCCUACCAAAGUAUAGAAGCCGGCUUGAUACCGCCAGCAAUGGAUUCUUCCUAGGACGAAAUGAAACAGAGGCCGAGGAACUUGUACAGAACAUGGUUCAGAGUGAUUCAGUCUACAAUGAUGAGCAUGAUAGGAGCAACAGAGGCAGUGGGGGUGAUGACUCCAACACAAAGAGAGAGUUGAAGGCUUUACAAGACAAGAUGGAUCUACUUCUUAUGGACAGAGCCAAACAAGAGAAAGUGAACUAUGUUGGUGACCAGAAACAAGAAGAGGUAGCUAUUCUUACUGAAGUUGAUGGUCUAGAAGGUCAAGAAGAGUUGUGCUUUGUAAAUGCUAAUGGAACAUGGUACAAAAAGGAACCUAACUUUCAGUACAACAACUAUCAACAAAAGCCCUUCUACAACAACAACCAACAAGGUGGUUACCAAGCUAGACAAAACUACUCUCAAGGUUUCGCCCCUAAAGGAAAUCAGUCUACACAAGGACAAGCCGGAUCCUCUACAUCUGCCCCACAAGAAAGUAGCACUGAACAAAUGUUGAAACAAAUAUUGGAAUCUCAAACUAGAAGUGAGAAGCACAUUGGGUAUGAGCUAAAAAACCUUCAUAACAAAGUUGAUGGAGGCUACAAUGAUCUCAACAACAAAUUCUCAAAUCUUGCUUCCAACUUCAAAGCUUUGGAGAACCAGUUUGCCUCUAUGAGUAGUAACUCCAAACGUCCUAUGGGAUCACUUCCCGGAACUUCCGAGCAGAACCCCAAGGAGACAAUGAAAUCCAUAAUCCUAAGGAGUGGUAAACAAUUGCCUCCUAGAACUCUCAUUAGGGAUAAUGAGAACCAAGACGGGGAGGUGGUCAUCAAUGUGGAUGAUGAUGUGGUUAUUGUUGAUGAGAAAACCAAUGAAGAUAUCUUAGAGAAGAUAGUUGAAGCUAAAGGGAAAGGAAAGAUUGGAGAAGAAAAGAAAGUUGAGAACAAAAAUGAAAUCGGAACUUCAACAAAAGAAGCUCCGUUCAUUCCUCCGCCAUAUGAAGCAAAACUUCCUUUUCCUGGUAGAUUCAAGAGGCAACUUUUGGAGCAAUACAAGGCCUUGUUUGAAAACCAAAUGAGUGAAGUUCAGAUUACCAUGCCCAUUAUUGACGCCUUCAUGCUAGUGCCUCAAUACAGCAAGUUCCUCAAGGAUGCUGCCACCAAGAAGAAGAAAGAGAUGGAAGGGAUGGUAGUUCUCACCCAUGAAUUCAGUGCCAUUAUACAACGGUUAACCAUCCCCAAGAAGCUUGAAGAUCCAGGAAGUUUCACACUACCUUGUGCCAUUGGGAAAUUGACUUUUCAGAAGUGUCUAUGUGAUUUGGGAGCAAGUGUGAGUCUUAUGCCUCUCUCCAUUGCUAAAAGGAUUGGGUUUACACAAUACAAGAAGUGUAGACUCUCUCUUGUGCUAGCCGACCGCUAA